AUGGCUACAGACGUAAUCGAGCUCUCUGUACCCCUCCCCCGCUCUCUAGACACCCGCAUCUACCUCCGCCUUUCCACCAAAGCAAAGUCCAUUGUGCUAUUCCUCACAACAGCAACACAAGACGAGCUCGCCACUCCUGUCUCUAUGGGCUCUUUUGUCUACGCUCUGCCCAACCGGCUUGACCAGGCACAGCCAUUAUCUACCACGCUCUAUUCUUCAGAGGCGUCAUUGGAGUUUACAACACGCUUGGCGAAGCUUUUGGCUCGGAAAUCACAGCUCCCGGUGUACGUCACUAACUCGAUUAGUUUUGCUAAUGCGGGUAUGGGAGGCACGGUGGAAGAGGAGAUGGAGGCCUUCAAGACCAUUGUUCAGGUUGUGUCAGAGAGGCUACAGCUAUCGGGCCCCAAGCCAACGGCGGCCUGA